AUGGAGGAACAUUUUCGGCGUGUUCAAGAACGGCAGAUUCAUUACACUUAUCUUGGGCCCAAAAUCCAAAAUGAAUUGAUACAGAUGUUGGCAGCUGAAAUGCAAGUCACAAGGAACAGAUGUGUGGAUGAUUCAGAAAAUGCAAUAGUGGUGGAAGAAUUUUGGAUUGGAUUUUUGAAAGUUAAUGAAACUUUUGAGCUUGAGCUUUUUAUAGAGCUUAAAAAUAUUUUGAGCAAUCUCGAACUUGCGAUUGACGAUAUAAGAGGUCAAGGAUAUGACAAUGGAUCUAAUAUGAAAGAAAAAAUAGAUAUUAAUGUUGCUAUCGGACAGUUAAAGGGGCUUAUUUCUUUUCUUCAAGAGUUUAGAGAAUCUGGAUUUGAUCAAGCCUUGAUUGAAGCUGAACAUAUUGCAAGUGAAAUGGGAAUUGAACCUAUUUUCCGAGAAAAACGCAUCAUUCGAAGAAAGAGACAAUUUGAUGAUAUCAAAAGUGAAGAG